UCUCGUCUACUGCGCGUGGGCAACCUAACAAACAUGAUCGAAAGCCAGAAAGUGUUCCUUACAUCGUCCUCCCUUGUUUGAAUUUCACGAAACAGUCACUUGAAAUGCCACCAAAGGGCAAAGGUGGCAAGGGUGCGAAAGGAGGUGCAUCAGGAAGUGCAGAAACUGAGAAAAAGGAGAAGGCACCAAAAGGAGGCACUGCUGUUAAGGUUCGCCACAUCCUCUGCGAAAAACAUGGGAAAUGCAUGGAGGCAAUGGAGAAAUUGAAAGCGGGAGUUCGUUUCAGCGAAGUUGCGUCACAGUAUAGUGAAGACAAAGCGAGACAAGGAGGUGAUCUGGGUUGGAUGACCCGAGGAUCCAUGGUUGGACCUUUCCAAGAGGCCGCUUUUAACUUGGCCAUCUCUUCUAUGGAUAAGCCUGUUUACACAGACCCUCCUGUCAAGACCAAAUUUGGUUACCACAUCAUUAUGGUGGAGGGGAAAAAGUAAUGGGGCACCACACUAAAUUGGGACAUUCAAUUUUACAUUUUGCUCGAUUGUAAAUAUUAUUAUUCCAGUUGGUCCCUUGAUGCAAUGUCUGUAAAGAAGAAAGAUUAAAAAAAAUGAAAUUAUUACUUUGUCAUAUUACUUGAACACGGCCAUGUUAUUUGGUUAACUAUUUAAAUUCACACAACUCAAAGUAAUGAAUGAAUAGUUAGUCGAGUCCAUUGAAGGUAUGGGACUGCCUUUGAAGGACAAUAUUAAAGUUGGAAUGUUGUACACAAUAAGCAAUUACUGAGUAUGCCUGUUAACUGAUCCACUGGCUAUUAUAUAAAAUGAACCACAUGCCAGAGCCCUAGAAAUGUCCUUAUUGUAUCUCACCCAGAAACAAAACUAUAGGUUUUGCCUUUA